UUGAACAUCAAUCGUCAUAUGACCCAUUCUAUUGAGUCGGCAAAGCUUGAGCCAUAUUUGUCUGUGCUAAAAUAGUUUCGUGGAGUGAGUGUGUGCAGAUAGUCAUCACAUUUUUGGGACCUGUAAAUACUUCCACACAACACAUUCAAAAUGGCCGAAGCAAAUCCCGUUUAUGGACCUUUCUUUGGAGUUAUGGGGGCGGCGUCAGCUAUUAUCUUUAGCGCGCUGGGAGCUGCAUAUGGAACAGCCAAGUCAGGCACAGGUAUUGCCGCCAUGUCGGUGAUGAGGCCUGAACUUAUUAUGAAGUCCAUCAUUCCCGUUGUCAUGGCUGGUAUUAUCGCCAUUUACGGUUUGGUUGUGGCUGUCCUGAUUGCUGGUUCCUUGGAAUCAUCAGCAACUUACUCUCUCUUCAGAGGUUUCAUCCACUUGGGCGCAGGUCUCGCUGUCGGUUUCUCAGGUCUAGCUGCCGGUUUCGCCAUAGGCAUAGUGGGUGAUGCUGGCGUGCGUGGUACAGCCCAACAACCUAGAUUAUUCGUCGGUAUGAUCCUUAUCCUCAUUUUCGCUGAGGUAUUGGGUCUUUACGGACUUAUCGUCGCCAUCUAUCUUUACACGAAACAAUAAAUUCUGCGCGCACACUCUCCGCAACAUGCCUCUGAGCUCUAUGUCUCAACUCCUAAUCUAUGCUCAGUUUUCGGUCUCGCGCACAUCGUCGCCGGUAGUAUACGCUUUGCAUAGUGCUCUGAGGCAUCUUCUGUGUAGAACUUAUCCCAAUUAACUCUCCCAUUCGCAUAUCUCCGGCUCGACGCGGUUUCGAUGCUGCGACUGCGCCGCGCCCCGAGACGCGAACUCUUUAAACACAAUUACACCUGGACUACCGAGCGACAUCUAAAUUAUUUAUUCUUAAUUUAUUUGCCUUUAUCCCAUCUUAUUUUGCGGCUGAUACAACAUAUCAGUUGAGUUGCGUGACCACCCAUCGCGAACGACAGACGAUAUCAAUUUUAGAUUAUUUUAGCAUUAAGGCGAAACUAAUGUACAGUUAGAGUAGAAAAUUAAGUCCAAACGAGUUAUAUUGAUAUAAUUUAUAAACUGUUGAACCUGCAGGGUACUGUGUACCAAUGUCUUCUGGGCAGUUAGGUGUUACCUGGCUUGUAUAACAUGCUGUCUACAGCUUUGUCACAGUGGGUGUACUUAUCCAUUCUGUUUAAUGUACCGCUAUUGUAUUAUCCAAAAUGAAUGAGCCAGUCACAAACAAUGUAUUGCCAGGGAUCAGUUAAUAAACAUGAUUUGUACAUUCCAUA